AUGUGUGGUUCUGGAGGGAUCACACCAGUUACUAUAAACCAAGGACUUCUGGCUCCUCUUAGCCUUGAGAUUGACCCAAACAUCCAAAGAGUUAGAACAGAUGAAAAGAACCAAAUUAAGGGCCUGAAUAAUAAAUUUGCCUCUUUCAUUGACAAGGUGAGAUUUUUGGAACAGCAGAACAAGAUGCUGGAGACCAAGUGGGGUUUUCUACAAGGGCAGAAGACAGCCCGGUGUCAGAUUGAACCUUUGUUUGAGGCUUUCAUUGGCAACCUCAGAAGACAGCUGGAAAAUCUGGAAUGUGAGAGAGCUCGUCUGGAUGCUGAGAGGAACAGCAUGGAGGGCACUGUAGAAGAACUAAGGAGAAGGUAUGAAGAUGAAGUCAACAGAAGAACAGCUGCAGAGAAUGAAUUUGUAUCUCUGAAGAGAGAUGUUGAUGCCGCUUUCAUGAACAAAGCUGAACUUCAGGCCAAGGCUGACUCCCUAAGCGAUGAGAUCAACUUCCUUAGGGCUCUGUAUGAUGCGGAAAUCAGUCAACUCCAGGCCCAGAUUUCAGACACUUCAGUUCUUGUGUCCAUGGACAACAGCCGAGACUUGGACAUCAACGGUAUCCUUGCUGAGGUCAAAGCGCAAUAUGAAGAAAUUGCAAACAGGAGCAGAGCUGAGGCUGAAGCCAUGUACCAAUCCAGGUUUGAAGACCUGCGAAAUGCAGCUGGAAGAAAUGGAAAUGAUCUGCAGAACAGCAAAAAUGAGAUUGCAGAUCUCAAUCGAACAAUUCAACAGCUUAAAGGAGAAAUUGAAUGUGCCAAAUCCCAGCGUUCUGCACUGGAAGUCGCCAUUAAUGAGGCUGAGGAACGUGGUGAAGCUGCUGUUAGGGAUGCCAAGCAUAAACUGGCUGAGCUGGAGGCUGCUCUACAGAAGGCCAAGCAGGACAUGGCUCGCCAAAUGAGAGAAUACCAGGAACUGAUGAAUGUCAAACUGGCUCUGGAUAUUGAAAUUGCUACUUAUAAGAAAAUGUUGGAAGGAGAGGAGCACAGGUAA